AUGUACACAACUAUGCUUGAUUCUACACUAGAUUUAAUCACUCAGGCUGCUUCCAACUCUCUAUUCAUCUUCUGUUUCUGCAACUUGAUCAUAGUCAUUAUCCUCGUGGGCUCGAAACCCAUCUCCAACAACGAUGAAAGAAGCACAAUUAACCUCACAAUGCCCACCAGCAAGCAUGUGGAUGAUGAACAAGGCACGAGGGCUAAACAAGUGUGCAAGAGGAACAAUGCCUUGAUGGAAGUCAGUCAAGUGUCAAAUGCCCAGACUGCAAUAUCUGAUAACAGUAAAGUCAGCAGUGCCAAUAGUGACAAUGGUGAACCUGAGGGUGAUGAUGAGCUGAGGACAAGAGCAGAAGAAUUUAUAGAAAAGGUCAAUAAAGCAUGGAAAGCAGAAUUACUAAGAAAUUCACGUUAA